AUUGCUGCCGAAGAGGGAGCCGGCGGUGCGGGUUGUGAGUGGUGUGGACGUCGUUGGGGAGGUUUUCGCGAGUGGGGAACCCUUCAGAGGGGCGAAGUAUCCAUGCUGUGGGGGCGUGCGGGCGCCUUCUGUACCGGUGACCGCUGAGGUGCGAGUGGAGGCCUUAGCGCGGGGUCCCCCACCGGCCCCGGAAUCCCGGUCUGCGGCCGAGGGGUCCCCAAAGGACGCGCGCGGGCGGCUCCUCUGUGGGGACCCGGAAGCCGGACUUCAGGGCCCCUCGGCCGGGGCCUCACCCACUGAAGUCUCGCCCAGUCGGUUGGCAUUAAGAGUUUAGCAGAUAAUUGGAAACUUACACAUAAGAUAUGGCUGGAAGUCAAAUGAACAUCUAAAAAAGAGCUUUGGAUCUUCAACAACACUUUUUUAAAACAACUUGUGCCACAAUGUCAGUAUACACCACACAUAGUAGAAAUAACAGGGAUAUCCUUGGUAUACCUUCUUCCCAAAAGAGUUCAUCACUGAAUGUCCUCACCCAUAAUAGCAGACGUAAGCUGCAUUUGAAUUCAGAUAUGUCAGAAUGCGAAAAUGAUGAUCCGUUAUUGAGAUCUACAAGUAAAAUCAGAGACAUAAAUUGUACUUAUGUGAUUUCAGCCUGUAAAAAAACAGGAGAGGUUCCUCUUACCCCUGACCCUGUAGGUAGAUUGGCACUUCAGAGAAGAGUUACAAGGAACAAAGAAUCAUCUUCACGUGGCAGCCAGUUGGGAGACUCAACGGAAAAUACUGCAGAGACACGUCUUACAUUACAGCGUCGUGCUAAAACAGAAUCUGUGGACAAGUGGAGAACAACUCAAACAGAUUCUGUGGAAAAGGGGAAAACAGCUCAAACAGAUUGUGUGAAAAAGUGGAAAACAACCCAGAAUGUGGGAAGCCCAACAGAAAAUGAUUGUGCUUCCCUGGAAGCGAGGAGAAAGGUAACAGUUGUAAAUAAUGAUAAAGACUCUUCUGUUGCACCUUUCGUACCUUUAGCGGAAGGCCCAAAAGACAUUGAAGUGAUGAAUGAUGAAAAACACAAAGAAACAUUUUCUGCCCCUCUUGGGGCAAAUGAACAUGUUGCACUUCAAUACUUAAGUAAUAGAGCACCCACUGAUUCCCAGAGUCAGACUAAAGUUGUUCCAUCCAGUCACUUGGCAACAAAACCUCUUCAGAGCAAGUUGAGUAUCAAAGUGUCCGGAACAGGAAACUUACAUCAGCGAAGUACUGGGAAGGAUAUGGCAAAAAAUUCAAAUAAAUUUGAAAGCUUAGAAAAAAGAACACCUAAGAAGUACGUCAUAGGACACAAAUGGACACCGAAGUGUGGCACGCCACAGCUCAUGAGCCCAGCUGCAUCGACACCAAAAAGUAGGGUGCCUAGCCUCCAAGUUAAACAAAAGCCAAGAGGUUCUCUUCUAGCAAAUGAAAGGGAAAGGUCACAAGAAAAUACACUCCCUCUUGAAGAGGAAACAGCAGGUCGGAACACUUCUAUAGAAGCAGACCCCAUAAAAGUAGAGAACAGUCAAGUGACAGUGGCAAUACGUGUGAGGCCUUUCAGCAAGAGAGAGAAGGUUGAAAAGGCAUCCCAGGUGGUCUUCAUGAAUGGGGAAGAAAUAGUUGUGGAACAUCCUGACAUGAAACAAGUUUAUAAUUUUAUUUAUGAUCUUGCAUUCUGGUCUUUUGAUGAAUGCCAUCCCAACUAUGCUAGCCAGACAACUGUUUAUGAGAUGCUAGCUGUACCCCUCCUAGAACGCGCCUUUGAAGGCUACAAUACCAGUCUGUUCGCUUAUGGUCCACUGGCCUCCGGAAAAUCAUAUACGAUGAUGGGACUUAGUGAAGAACCAGGAAUAAUUCCAAGGUUUUGUGAAGACCUUUUUGCUCAAGUAGCCAAAAAACAAACUCAGGAGGUCAGCUACCACCUUGAAAUGAGCUUUUUUGAAGUGUAUAAUGAAAAAAUUCAUGACCUUCUGGUUUGUAAAGGAGAAAACGGGCAGAGAAAGCAACCACUGAGAGUAAGGGAGCAUCCUGUCUCUGGGCCGUAUGUCGAAGCUCUGUCAAUGAAUGUUGUCAGUUCUUACUCUGAUAUCCAGAGUUGGCUAGAAUUGGGAAAUAAACAAAGGGCAACUGCUGCUACUGGUAUGAAUGAUAAAAGCUCCCGAUCGCAUUCGGUUUUCACCUUGGUAAUGACCCAGACCAAGACGGAAUCUGUGGAAGGGGAAGAACAUGAUCACAGAAUAACGAGUCGGAUAAACCUGAUAGAUCUGGCGGGCAGCGAGCGGUGCUCCACAGCUCAAACUAGUGGAGAUCGACUGAAGGAAGGCGGGAGUAUUAAUAAGUCUUUGCUCGUGCUGGGAAAGGUCAUAUCUGCUCUUUCUGAACAAGCAAACCGAAAGAGAGUUUUUAUUCCUUAUCGUGAAUCUGUUCUUACAUGGCUGUUAAAAGAAAGUCUGGGUGGAAAUUCAAAAACUUCAAUGAUCGCUACUGUCAGUCCCGCUGCCAACAACAUUGAAGAAACUUUAAGCACACUGAGAUAUGCCAGCCAAGCCCGUAUGAUAGUCAAUAUUGCCAAAGUAAAUGAAGAUAUGAAUGCUAAGUUAAUUAGAGAAUUGAAAGCAGAAAUUGAAAAGCUAAAAGCUGCUCAAAGGAACAGUCGAAAUAUUGACCCUGAACGAUAUAGGCUAUGCCGGCAAGAAAUAACAUCCUUAAGAAUGAAACUGCACCAACAGGAGAGAGACAUAGCAGAAAUGCAAAGAGCAUGGAAAGAAAAAUUUGAACAAGCUGAAAGAAGAAAACUCCAAGAAACAAAGGCGUUACAGAAAGCAGGAAUUACAUUUCAAAUGGACAACCAUUUGCCAAACCUCGUCAAUCUCAAUGAAGAUCCUCAACUAUCGGAGAUGCUAUUAUAUAUGAUAAAAGAAGGAACGACAACAGUGGGAAAGUAUAAACCAAACUCAAGCCAUGACAUUCAAUUAUCUGGGGUGCUGAUUGCUGAUGAUCAUUGUACUAUAAAAAAUUUUGAUGGAAUAGUGAGUAUCAUCCCAGUUGGAGAAGCAAAGACAUAUAUAAAUGGAAAACACAUUUUGGAAUCCACAGUAUUACAUCAUGGUGAUCGGGUGAUUCUUGGUGGAGAUCAUUAUUUUAGAUUUAAUCAUCCAGUAGAAGUCCAGAAAGGAAAAAGACCAUCCGGUAGAGAUACUCUUAUAAACGAGGGUCCAAAAGACUUUGAAUUUGCAAAAAAUGAGUUGCUCAUUGCACAGAGAUCACAACUUGAAGCAGAAAUAAAAGAGGCACAAUUGAAAGCAAAGGAAGAAAUGAUGCAAGGAAUCCAGAUUGCAAAAAAAAUGGCUCAACAAGAGCUUUCUUCUCAAAAAGCUGCAUACGAAAGCAAAAUAAAAGCAUUGGAAGCAGAACUGAAGGAAGAGGCUCAAAGGAAGAAAAUGCAGGAAAUAAAUAACCAAAAGGCUAAUGACAAAAUUGAGGAAUUAGAAAAGGCAAAACAGCAACUUGAGCAGGAAAUCUAUGUCAACAAAAAGCGAUUAGAAAUGGAGACUUUGGCUGCAAAACAGGCUUUAGAAGAUCAUAGCAUCCGCCAUGCAAGAAUUCUGGAAGCUUUAGAAACUGAGAAGCAAAAAAUUGCUAAAGAAGUACAAAUACUGCAGCAAAAUCAAAGUAAUAGAGAUAAAACUUUUUUAAUUCAGACAAAUUGGAGCUCUAUGAAACUCUCAAUGAUGAUUCAGGAAGCCAAUGCCAUCAGCCACAAAUUUAAAAAAUGUUAUGUUUUUGGCAGACAUGAUGUAUCAGAUAAAGGAAGUAAUUCUGACACUUAUGUUCGGGUUCGUAACCUACAACUAGGGAUCUCAACUUUCUGGAGUCUGGAAAAGUUUGAAUCUAAGCUUGCAGCAAUGAAAGAACUUUAUGAGAGUAAUAAUAAUAACAAGAGUGACGAUGUCUUUUGUGAUCCUGAAGAUGAAUGGGAACCUGACAUUACAAAUGCACCAGUUUCUUCCUUUUCUAGAAGGAGGAGCAGGAGCUUGAUGAAGAAUAGAAGAGUUUCUGGUUGUUUGCAUGAUCUACAAGCCCACCCAAUUCAGGAUUUGCAUUCUUCCCAUUCAUCAGGAUUACUGGAGAAAUCGAGCCCUAUUUACUCAAGUUCAGCAGAAUCUUUUCUUCCUGGAAUUUGCAAAGAAUUGAUUGGGUCAUCCUUAAGUUUUCUUGGACAGAGUUAUGAUGAGGAAAAAACCAUGGCAGACAGUCUGAUGGAUAAUUUUCUUAAAAUUUAUCACGGGCUAUUUGCCAUUUCCAAAGCUCAUGAAGAACAAGACGAAGAAAGUCAAGAAAACUUGUUGUCUUCUGAUCGAGCAACCCAGUCACUUACAAUCCAGGUCACAUGUGCUUUUGAGCACCUUGUGGUGCUAAUCAAACACUGGCUGAAUGAAAUUCUGCCUUGUACCAGCGCAGCAAGGCUUGAAGAUGAAUUGAGACAAGAGAUCAAAAAACUAGGAGGCUACUUACAGUUAUUUUUACAGGGAUGUUGUUCAGAUAUCUCAUCAAUGGUAAAAGAGGCUCAAACGAAAAUAAUCCAAAUUGUACAACAAGCUGUAAAGUAUGUGGGACAGUUAGCAGUUCUUCAAGGGAGCAAGCUGCAUUUUCUGGAAAAUAGUAGCAAUAAGGCUGCUAGUGUUCAGGAGGACUUCAUGGAUGCUCUUUGUGAUGGUGUAGGCUUAGGAAUGAAGAUUCUAUUAGAUUCUGGACUAGAGAAAGCAAAAGAACUUCAGCAUGAACUCUUAAGUCAGUGUACCCAAAAUGAGGUUACCAAACAGAUGAAAGGUAAAGCCAUGGAAUUGAUUGGAUGUCUUGAAAACAUGUUUGCUGAGUGGAAAACAAAAAGUUUCAGAACUGAACUACAAGAAAGUCCUGGAUACCAAGAUUUGAAGAAGAUGGUUAAUCUUGCACAGGAAUUCCUGAAGUUAAAACAUUGCUUGGAGCAAACUAUUCAAAUUAUUAUUUCUGCACUGAGAGGAUGCCACACUGACAAAAAUCUUCUCAAGAAUUGCGUUGAAAGUCUUUGCAACUUGGCCAAGGAUUUUCAUGAUGAUUUGAGCAUGUGCUCUACUUCUUUUGACAGCUGUGAGAAGAGACUACCUCCAGUUGGCCAUGGGGGACUAGAAUCUCUAGCCAAGUCACUCCUCUUAUGUUUUGAAUCAGAGGAAAGAGCUGAUUUGUUGAAUCCCUGGGAAACGUGUAACCAAAAUACCAGAGAAGAAGGACAGCAAUCUAAACCAAGCAGGACCGACUCCGUUAGGAAUAAAGGUGUACCAAAGCGUGUCUUUGAACUCCAUGGCUCGUCCCCAGCAGUGACUUCAGAGGACAGCACGCCCAGUAGGAUUCAGUGGGUGUGAAUUCUGAUAUGUAGGCACUUUAUGACCAUCCAUGAAAGAGAGAGAACACUGGGUAGGCAAUUUUCCUUAUGUAGGAGAAUAUAAAAAGCUGGAAGUCAGCAUAAAUGUUUCAAAGAAGUCCACAUCUGUUUGAUGGCCUUUCAUUGGGAAUGGAGAGUAUAAGCAUUAUGGAAUCCUGAUUUCAGAAUGUGCUUUCAGGAGUUUCUUGGCAGAUAAUUUUAAGUAGGCAUUCACCGUAUUGGAACAUGGUGGCAAGAUAAUGAAAUUAGGAGUUCGAAAACAAGUGAAUGGUCAUUUCUCCAGUUUCUCAUUGCCUUAAAUUUUAAAUGUUUAUUUUUCACAUUGAUAUACUAUUUAAAAUGUUUAUUUUUCACAUUGAUACACUAUUUUUAAAUGUUUAUUUUUCACAUGGAUAUACUAUCUCUGGUUGGUUCUUCAGCUUGUUUGUAAAUGGUUACUAUAGUUACUAUUAAGUUAUUUUCUCAUGAGUGGAUUAACACAUGAAUAAUCAGUUACCUUUAUGCCUGUGCCUUCUCUCCGGUGCAAAUAGCUACAAUGAGGUUUGUGGUAAAACUGCCAAUGUAGGUUUUACUAAGGCAGCUUAACUUGCAUUAUUAGAUCUAAAAGUGUUUUCUUGAAAGGUUAACUGGUUGCCUUUUUGAACAGUGUGUUCAAGGGCAGUUUCCUUUUCUUUCCAAAUAGAAAUAGUUACUUGAAUAUAUAUUAAUAAAAUGGCUUGCUGGUAUAAUCGUUCACUAUAUUAUCUAUGUUCCAUAAUGGGAGCUGUAUGAAUAUAGUUUAAAACCAAUUAAAUAGUGCCAGAAUCCUCUUUUGAAUGGGGUUAAGAAAUCAGAGGCUGGACCUUUUCUUGUUAAUGCUUGUUUUGUUAAAGGUGUAAUGAAAGAGUUUGUACAUGAUUUGAUAAAGGUUAAAGAUCCUUAUUAUAUCUCACAGUUGAUUUGCAAUCAGGUAAUAAAGACAAUAUUCUCCUUUUGGGACCUUUCAUUAAGGAAAUAGUUUGACAUUUUGACCACAAGCAUAUGUGGAAUCUGGAAAGAUACUUAGUGAUUCUGCUUGAGCGAUAUUGAGCAGUUCCUGGAGAAUAAUUCUUUUAAAUAAACUGAUCCUUUCAUGUGCCUUUUCACUUGCAAAUAUCACUUUAGCCUGAGAAGUGAAAAUUUGAUAUUAGUACCAUGAGUAAGUUCAGUAAUUUCCUUUUUGGGAAGAGAUUGUAAAUACUACUGGUUACUGUAGCCAGAACAAUGUUAAUAAACCAUGUACAGUAUUGCCAGGUGCUUUAAAAUGGUGCAGUGCGGCAAAUUUGCUUUAAUUUUCCUUUUUUUUUUUUCCUCUUCUUUCUGGCAUUUGAGCUUGUAUUCUUUCUGAAGUUCUAAAACUAUUUUUAAUAGUCAACUCUCUGCCAAGUGGCACUUUUGCUAUCAAGUUUCAUGAAGUGUCAAUGUACAUAGGAGAACUUUGCCUGCAGGUUGUACUUCUUUGAGGAACUUUCUAAAGUAUCAAUACAGUAGUUUAAAGUAGUUUAAAGAGUUUAAACAUGUUAAUGUUUGGUACUUAGUCUUUACUUCCUGCUUUCGAAAUUCAUGACUUCAUUGGUCAAAAACCUAUUAUUAAUGUCUUUGUAAUUUUUGUAUAUUAUAUAUAUUUAUACUUUUAAGUAAAUUGUUAAACAGUAUUCAAACAAAUGAUGAAAAUAUAUUUGCUCUUAGAAUCAUGUGCACUGAUAAGAAAUGUUAUAAACAGAAUGCCUUUAAUAAAUGUUACUGGCUUCAGAAUUC